AUGGAGGGUUGCUCUUAUUACUUGGCAAUGGUACUGGUUCAGCUCAUAUAUGGUGGAUCAAACAUCCUCAUAAAAUUCUCCCUUGCAGAAGGACUCAAUCCAAUUGUCUUCGUCGUUUACCGCGGCAUGUUAUGGCCAUGGUUUUGGAGGAAACAAAGGCCUUCACUCUCAUUUUCUGUAGCUGCCAAAAUUUUUGUGCUUGCCUUGUUUGGAACCACCAUCUAUCUGAAUGUGUACUAUGCUGGUUUAGCAUACACUUCUCCAACAGUUGCAUGUGCCUUGAGUAAUGUUAUUCCCAGCUUGACAUUUCUAAUGGCAGUUCUACUUGGGUUGGAGAAGUUGAAGAUUAGAACUGCUAGAGGUCAAGCUAAGGUGGCUGGCACACUUUUCUGCAUUGGUGGUUCUCUUGUUUUCACUUUCUGGAAAGGAGGAUACCUAUUUAAAGGUUUCGUAAAUAUAUCUGUUGGUGAGAUGAGGCAUGUGAAGGAAAACUGGAUCAAGGGGCUUUUCUUAUUCUGA